UUCGCAAGAAAGUUUAACUAUGGCUUUAUCAGUUAAUUUUUUUCUUAAUUUAAAUUUCAAGGAAAGUUAUCAUUUUAUUGAUCAUUAUCAUUCUUCAAUGGAUGUAUCUAAAGAAUGUCUUAAUUGUGAGAUGACAGUUGCUAAAAAUGUUAUUUUACAAUCCAUUGGUCCUGAUGCGGAUAUGAAUGUCGAGAAUAUUAUACCUAUAUUAUUUGAAAACAAAUCAACGUUCCCGAAUUUGUACAAAUUAUUUAAUGUAGCCUUAACUUUACCUAUAAGUUCAGCUACAUGCGAAAGAAGCUUUUCAGCUAUGAAAAAAAUUAAAACUUGGCUUAGAAAUUCAAUGACGCAAGAUAAAUUUACAAAUGUAUCAAUUUUAUAUAUUGAAAAAGAUAUUUCUAAAAACAUUAAUGUGGAGGAAAUUUUAAAUUUAUUCGCGAAUGAAAAUAGAUAUUUAUUAUUGAAGUAGUAUUUAAUAUAUAAUUUUUAAUUGUA